AUGCACGAGCUCUUUCUCACAGCACACAUCGGCAAUGAUGCCCUUCACAGAGCCGUCCGGAUCCUCCAAGGCUAUUGUGCCAUGCAACCCCAACAUCACUUGUAUCGUCGGUUGAUGUUCGAGGGCCCAAAGGCCCGCACUAACCUGAAAGGCCUUGACCCUGCGUUUAUCAUGAGCCAACCCCCGGCAAAGAUCAACUUAUGGCGAGGCCUGCAUGAGCAGCUUCUCCGACAAUCAUAUGUCAUUACGUUGAUAUAUGAGGUCGACGGAAAGGAUUUCGGCAAAGCUCCUACGGAAGAACCUGGACAGGAUGUGAAAUUAGAUGACCCGGCACGUCAACGCUCGGAUAUCAGACCCGGCACGCUGAGAUGGAAUGAGCUUCCCGACCCAGCCGGCACCCGGCCAGUGAACACUAGGUUGAUGUUGCAGAUCGAUAAUGAAAGAGACUUAAUUACAACCACGCAGUCUCAAUUGGGCUACAGUUUCAGCCGCCAAUUUAUUCAUGAAUGCUACCGAUUCGUCCACGGCAACGCCAUGUUCGAAUUGAGUCGGUAUCUCCAGCUUCCUGAAGAGGGAGAAAGCACACAGCCAGAGGAUUUACUGGGUGCUCUUCCGCCGUUCGAAUCCCUUACUCCAUUCGAUGGGGAGGAUAAGUGGAUCUUGACGAUUAGUGCGAAGGUCCUCAAUGGAAAUGAUCCGGAUCAGAUGCAACAGGGAAUUGGGGAGUUGAUGACGAUAAAAACGGAGUUUGAGGGCUGUUUCGACUUUCAUACUGUGGCUAGGCAUACGCUUGAUACUAGGCUAAAGGUCGAGAAUUGGAUGGGGCAGAUGGUUCUUGUAUCAUAA